AUGCUCGGCUGGCUUCGACGACUCCUCGGCUCCGACCAAGCUGCACAGGAACGGCGAGAGCAGCAGCGACGGGGACGACAGCGAAGUAGACAGAUGCGCGCCCGCGACCGAGAACUUCGCAAGGGCCCCGGAGGCAGCAAAACCAAGUCAACUUUCUUCUGGGGAUCGCCCGGGGUCUCUGAGCCGGUCCAUCAAAAGCAGCUCUUCCGGGAGUAA